GCAUUCGAUUAAUGGGAUAAAAAUGGAAGCACGCCACUUUUGUGUAUUCGUUUAUGUUAAACGAGAUAUCCCGCACGUGAAAGGGCAGAUAUUUACGAGAGAUAAAACUUAUCAAACGUUUUGUAGCCGACGUAACUGUACUUUCAUAUGACAUUUGUCGUCCUUUUCCCACGUCAAUAUGUAAAAACGCCGCUCUGGGGAUUAUCGGAUAACGCUAAACGACCGACCUCAGGAGGGUAGUUUUGCGGUAAAGGCGCGUGUAGGCGCGAGAGGCGCGAUUCUAUCGUCGUCGUUAACUUUCCGAGAUUGCAAAUUGAAAUCAUGGUGCCAAGAACGACGGUCUCAUCGGGAAUUUCCCUUUUAAAAAACAAAAUAGGCGAUUAAAUUUAUAGAUUUAUCGAGGAAUCAGGGUCAGGUCAGAUAAUUAUUUACUUCAACCUACAGCCAAGAAGAAGAAUUUAAUUUACCAUUCAAAAUUAAUACACACUCGUCCUUCUAUUUCUUUUAUAUAUAUUUCUAUAUAAACCUACCUUUAACAUUCCAUACAAUUUUUCUUAUACCUCACACAUAACAUUUUAAGCUUAACUUAUUUGCCUUACUUUGUGCUAUCUUGUCGUACAUUUUGUUACAUUAUUUUGUUUUAUAUUAUCUUGCUCUACUACCUUACGUCUAUUACAUUUACCUCUACAGCCUUGUUUCCAUCUUCUUCCUAUUUUCCUUUUUCUUUUCUUUCUCACAUCUAUAACUUUCUUAGAACUCUUCCCUUCGUUUUAUCAAGUUACUCGCUUCAGCUCUAUUUAAUGUUUUCUUUUCAUUUUUCCUAAAUUAUUAAACCAAAUUUCGCUCGAAAUUUCGCAUCUCUUUAGAAAGUGACUCAUAUAUUACCCUUUCCCGCUAGCAAAACACGCACUAUCUUUUUCCUCUAUCCAAUAUUUAUUUCCCUCUUCUAUAAUUCCACAUCUCACAAUCAGUUUAAUUACAGCCCUAAUUCCCCACCUGUUCUCUAUUUUGCGUUUUUUUUCUUUUUCAAAUACCUCAGUCUUGUCGUUACCACUUCUAACUCUUAAUACUUUCCAUUAUACUUUGCCUAUCUUAUUUUUCCUUCCUCUAAUUGCCUUGCACGUUUCUUUCCCCACUUGUUAAUUUCUUUUCUAUGUUUCUCUCACCAUUCUCCAAGCUUUUUAUCAUUCCGCAUCCAUUUCUAUUGUAAUACUCAUCCUUUUCUUUUCCAGACUCUCCCCAUUUAUUUUUCACUCUUUCCUUCCAACAACCUUUUACCCAUUUUGAGUCAUCCGUUCUUUUCAUCUUUAUCUCGUACUUUCUUGCUCUUAUUUUCCCUAUCUCCCGCGUGGGAGGUAAAAGAGUUGUAAUUCAGAGUCGCGAUCGCGCUCCGUGGCCGUCUACGUCCGUCGGUGAUCCCGUAUUGUUGACGCAACAAUGUUGGAAUAACAAUAAUAUCCGUUUAUCUAGGACGAUCACGAGUGCGCGCACGAGGCUUACGAGCCGAGUCGUAUCGCCAAAGACUUGGGAGGAUACUCGCCGCUAUUGUUACACUUCACAAUCAGUCAGCUGUGGGCCGUCUGGGGGGUGGUUUGGAAAGGUCUCGCGCGGAUAGAAAGAGCCCUUUACUUUAGACGACAGUACUGCCUGACGCGACAAGGGUUGCUCGCCCCUCAUACGAAUUACUUUGCGAUAAAUAAUAUUAAUCGAAACUAAUUAACAUUAAGAAUUAAUGCUCGGAAAAAAAGGAAUAUUUUUGUUAAUUAUUAAAAUCUUUAAUGCGAUAAGGUUCUCAGGUACGAUAAAGGGUCGUCGAUCCGCACAAUAAAAAGAAAGGGAGGGAAAAAGACGCGAAUGCAAGCAACUGAUAUUCUCUUCCCUCCAAAUUUAUCGAACGAAGUGAUUUAAUAGGGUGGUCCAGGAGAGGUAAAAUCGUCGCGAGCGAGUCAAACGAGAUUGCGAUGGGUCCGGAGAUAGAAUGACAGUGAAAUGGAGGAUUCUUCGGAACGAGAGAAGAAGAGGCCAGCAUUCAACCCGUGGAACGACGCGCGAAUUUUAACGCACGUCGCCUCGAACGUCGGUCGAGCGCCUGCGAUGCCGUCGCAAACCUACAACCGCAAUUCCUCGAACAUCGGGGGCGAGAAUUAUUACAACACCGCCGACCGGGCGUCGUUUGAUUAUUUAAAAGUUGGCAACGCCAUCCCAUCGUACUCGGUUAACACCGUGCACCUGCAGAAUCCCUACAGGCCGCCCCAACCAUUGGAGGGAUUCGCGUCCCGCGAUCACACAAAGGAUAUGUAUCGGACACAAGAUUUUACUCUGAGGUCGAGAUACAACAACAAUCUGUUCGUAAAGAAGGAAUCGGCAGUGAACAACAAAAACUACGAUCAAGGGAACGAAAAAACGGAAAGAUCGAAAACUAAGAAGCAUCAAAAUCUGACAGAGAUCAGUGAGCUUGCCAAGCAGUAUUGCUCAUACAGCACCCUUCACGGCUUGCGUUACGUCGGUGACUCGGCAUUAUCAUUCGUAGAAAGAAUAUUUUGGGUGAUCUCAUUUACUACCGCGCUAACAGUGGCGAUAUAUUAUAUUUGUUACCUCUAUCAGAAAUGGAACGGAGCUCCUAUCAUGAUUUCUUUGAGCCCCGAUCCGAUGUCCCUCAACGAGUUUCCGUUUCCCUCCGUAACAAUAUGCAACAUGAAUAGAGUUAAAAAGACGGAGGCAAAGCGGAUUGAGCGUGGGUACGAUGAAUUGGAUAAGUUAUUGUUGGAAGAUGUUUGCAAUUCAGAGAGCAAUAUAACUUACGACGAUCAGGUGAAUGUCGAGUGGAACAGGAUGCUACGGUUUAUGAUCAAUGUAUCCCAACCGUGCACAGACAUGUUACAUUACUGCCUUUGGCAUGGGAAUCAGACCGAUUGCGAGAGGAUUUUUAAUCCUACCAUGACCGACGAGGGUAUUUGCUGUAAUUUUAACGCGGUAUCCAAGAAACAUCUCUUCUAUAACGCAAAAGACUGGCCCGACCUCAAUAUCACGUAUCCUUCCGAGAGCGUUGAUUGGAACGCCGAAAAGGGGUACGAUGCGAGUAUGCCACCGGAUGUUAUACCAUGGAGACCGUACGGCGCUGGGCUGUUUUACGGCUUGACUUUGGCUCUCGACGUCGAUAUAGAUGAAUAUUAUUGUUCGUCGACCGCCGGCGCGGGCUUUAAAGUGAGUUUCGCGCAAUGAAAACUCUCCUUUUUAUUUUCCCCUUCGCCUUUCGUAGGCGAGGACUCAUCAAAGGACGAAAGGUUUUAAAAUAGAAUUUUAUAAGAACUACUCUCCUAGGAAAAUAGUUAAGGUGGUUGUCGGACGAACUCAUUUUUCUUACGAAAUAUCUAUACCUUUCGCAAUAUAUAGAGGAAGAUAUUAUCUAACUAUUGUAAAUUCAACUGACAAGGCAGAUAACUACUAUGAAAUGUAGAGAACAUUCCCUACAUCCAAUCAGUAGAAUGCCACACUUUUAAUUCUGGCAUUAAAAUAAAUCUUACGAUUUAUAAAUAUAUAUAAUUUUAACGCUCAUUUAAAAUUUAAUAUAUAAAAUAGAUUUGUCUUUCACACGUACUAUUAUCUACAGUCUAUACCUACAAAUCUACUACUUCUUGUAUCCCUAUUUUCUGUAUUCUCUAACUUUCUUUUCUCUCUCUGCUUCAGUAUCCUCUUCUCUUGUCCUUUUUCCUCUUCACUCAAAGUUAUUGUGACCUUUUUCUUUCUUACUUCUCGUUUCUUUUCCUUUCUUGUCCUGUUCCUCGAAUACUCGUAUCUUGUUCUAUACUUCCCUUUGAGCAUCCUCUUUACGCUUCUUUGUUAUUAUAUCUCAAUUAUCUUUUUCUUCCUUUUCUCUUCUAUUCCGGCGUUUCUUCUACUUCUUCAUCCACAACUGUUACAAUGUUUCUUCCUCUUCGUAACAGUUUUCUUUUCUCCGCUAGUCUUCUCUUCCUCCUUUCUCUCAUGUCUUUUUCCUCUUCAUUUAAAAUUGCCUUUGUUCUUUCUUCUCGUUUCCUUCUUUCUUUCUUUUCCUUUUCUUGUCUUGUCCUUUAAGUGUUCACUGUGUGAUUUCCGUGUCUGCGAAGUUGGCACGACAUUCUACGAAUUCCAAAAAAAUACCAAGAGGUCCAAUAGCACUUUUCAUAGUUCUACAGUUCCUGAUAAAAAUUAGAAAGAGUUCCGCACUCCUUAUAUGAAAAACUCACAUUUUAAAAAACGUCGUGCUAAUUUCGCGAAUCUAGCACGACACUUUCCCCUCUAAAGUCUAAAGUACCAAAACGCAUUCACUAAUAUCAUUUCUGGCGAGAGUUCCCGAUAGUUAUACUCAAGUUUCACAUGUAUAUGCAAUUUUGGAUCGAUAUUACAUCAUUAACAAUGUUUAAACAAUUUUUCAUAUCGGCGACCAGCACGACACUAACAAUAAAAAUGUGUCGUGCUGAUGAGUUUCA